AUGCCGGAAACCUGCUCAGCGCCGUCUGGGCAGAAGCCCUUCUCUUUCGGCCUCGAUCCUUGGACCCUCGCCUACGUCGUCGUGCCGAUCGUCGCCAUCACUCCGCUAGCAACGUACAUCAUGCUCCCUUUUCUGAUCCGAACCUUCGGCUCGAUGUUGGGAUGGUACCUCCGAAAGAAGACGGAGGGAAGACGAGCGCAGCUUCUCGAGCUGAUGACCGCAGAACAACAGGAGUUCAAGCGGUCUCAGUCGACAUCCAGCAAAAGCUCUGGUGGAAAGGGUAAUACGAAAUCACAUGCUGCUGGAAUUUCUGGAAACGGCGAAAAGGACGUCAAUUGGACCGGAAUCAUCGCCUUCUUCCACCCAUUCUGUAACUCUGGAGGCGGAGGUGAAAGAGUUCUCUGGGCUGCGAUUAAAACCACCCAAGAAAGAUACCCAAACGCUCUCUGCGUAGUUUACACCGGCGAUCAUGAAAUGAACAAGCAGUCUAUGCUCGCGCGCGUCAAGACCCGGUUCAAUAUCGAUCUUCACCCCCCGACUAUCAACUUCCUCUACCUGAGCACGCGACACCUCGUUCUGGCCUCGACAUGGCCUCAUUUCACGCUUCUCGGACAGUCUCUCGGAUCUAUGGUACUUGCGUGGGACGCUUUUCAACUGCUGGUUCCCGACAUCUUCAUUGACACUGUGGGCUACGCAUUCGCUUUGGGACUGUCCAAGAUCCUUUUCCACAAACUUCCUACUUGCGCUUAUGUGCACUACCCGACAAUCUCGACCGAUAUGCUGGAGUCACUCGACCCCAAGGCUGCCACUGGGUCUCAGGGUGUCAACGCCGGCAAGGGGGUUGGCUUUCGGGGCAAGGUCAAGAAGAUGUAUUGGCAAUUGUUUGCCGCCCUGUACUCCCGGGUCGGAUCUACUGUCGACAUCGUCAUGACAAACUCGACUUGGACGCAGGGCCACGUCCAGAGGCUCUGGGGACCGUACCGUCAGGCUAGAUCCCGAACCAACCCGAUUGCCGUCAACUACCCUCCUUGUGCUGUCGAGGAGCUCGAGCAAGCUGUGGAGGUGUCUGAAGCUAGCGAAAAGAAGCGCGAGAAGGCCAUGGUUUACAUUGCACAGUUUCGCCCUGAGAAGAACCAUCAGCUCAUCGUUCAAUCCUUCGCUGAGUUCUUGAAGACGAACACUGAAGCUGCCAAGGAGGCAAAGCUGGUUCUCAUUGGUAGUGUGAGAGAUGAUCAUGACUCCAAGCGUGUCUAUACGCUGCGCCUCCUUGUCAAUGAACUCAGCAUUAAGGAUAGGGUUGAGUUUCACCUGGAUGCGUCGUGGCCUGAGAUCUUGGACUGGCUGCGCAGGGCUUCUGUGGGUGUGAACGGCAUGUGGAAUGAGCACUUUGGCAUUGGUGUUGUGGAAUACCAGGCUGCUGGUCUGAUCUCUGUUGUUCACAACAGCGGUGGUCCCAAGCUGGACAUUGUUGUUGAGGUCGACGGCCAACCCACAGGCUUCCACGCUACCAACGUCAAAGAAUUCGCAGAGGGCUAUGAGAAGGCCCUUUCUAUUAAGGAUGCGCUUCCCAUUCGCUUAAGAGCACGGCAGUCAGCCAAGCGGUUCAGCGAGACAGAAUUUGAUGUGAAGUGGAUCGCUCAGAUGGAAAAGCUGGUGGCUAUGACGCUUUAA